GUGCUGUUCUGGGGACUUCGGGAGUUAAAACGUGUCCACCUGAUGACUGUUGAUAGACCACGAGUCGACAUCGAGUGCGCAGGCCAUAUACUCCAGUCUUCCAUCAUUCUUAACUACAAGAAGAAUCCCAAUUUCUCAACUCCUGUCAAGUAUUUCGAUGUGGAACUUCCUGACCAAGAAAUGUAUUGCCCUCCCUUAACCAUCCGUGUCAUGGACUGCAGAAGUUUCGGAAGAUUCACUUUAGUUGGAACCCAUGUCAUCAAUUCCUUGCAGAAAUACGUAUUCAGACCAAUCUCUAAAAAGGAAAAGGACAGUUUGUCAAGAUACUCGAGCAAUCAGAUGUUGACUGUACAGACUGAUGACGUCAUCAUCGACAUAGAUGGAACUAAUGCAUUAGGACCUAAGGAAACGCUCAUUAUUUUGGAUUUUGGUGGAAAGCCAAAAAAAGACCAGAAAACAGAAGCUAAUAAGAAGAAAAAGAAGCUGACAGAAGAAGAAGCUUUCGAUGAAGAUGAGGAAAACAAAGAUUGGUGGACACGCUACUUUGCUUCGUAUGAAGCCAUGAUUAAAGAAAAGAAUCAGGGGACAACUACGGACAGUGUGAGUAGCUUGGGAGCCAUGAAUGGUGAUGUCAAUGCAUGCUCUGACGAAGGUGAGGAGCUGAGUAUGAAAGACGCUCGCAAAGUCGAAAAAGAGCUGCAGAGACUUGAAAACCAGCAUCAGCCGCCUCAGCAGCAGAAGAGAACCUUGAAAGGCACGUCGACCGCAGUUAGACUGGCUCAGAGGCUAUCCCCCAAAUCUCACAGAAAACUGAUGACGGAAGAAUCCCUUAUCAAGAUCUAUCCAUGUGAGCUCGAAAAUGUGCCCGAUUUCGGAGGAUUCCGAGAGUGGUUGCAUUCCUUCGAACUAUAUCGAGGGAAAAGAACCGGGGAUGAACUGGAGGACCAGAACAGGAUCGUCGGGAUCUUUAAG